UGUAUUUUGUUUUUCUUUUUUUUUUUUGAGUGAUAUAUGAUGAAAUUUUAAAAAAUAAAUAAAAAUAAGAAACAAAAUAAAGAAAGAUAGAUAGAGGAGUGUGCUUCCGUUCUAAUUGCAUUUUGCAGGCAGAGAGAGAGAGAGCUGGGCUGGAGAAACCGAUGCGACAAGGAUAAAGACGAGAAGAAGAACCCCUAAAACUAAUCUAAAUGCUCCAACAGCAUCAUCACAUGUACCAUCCAGGCGUACUCGCUGCUGCCAUGUCUCAGAUGGAGCCAAUACCUAGUGGAAAUUUGCCUCCUGGUUUUGAUUCCUCUGCAUGCCGCAGUGUUUAUGUAGGUAAUAUUCAUGUCAAUGUCACUGAGAAACUCCUUGCUGAAGUUUUCCAGACUGCUGGUCCUCUUGCAGGUUGCAAGCUCAUCAGAAAGGAUAAGUCAUCAUAUGGUUUCGUCGACUACCAUGAUCGAUCAUGUGCAGCCGUCGCAAUCAUGACACUCCAUGGGCGACAACUUUAUGGUCAGGCGCUUAAGGUGAAUUGGGCGUAUGCAAAUAGCCAAAGGGAGGAUACAUCAGGGCAUUUCCAUAUUUUUGUUGGUGAUUUGAGCCCUGAGGUUACUGAUGCAACUUUAUUUGCAUGUUUUUCAGUCUAUAAUAGCUGCUCUGAUGCAAGGGUUAUGUGGGAUCACAAAACUGGCCGCUCGAAAGGAUAUGGCUUUGUUUCUUUCCGCAAUCAGCGGGAAGCACAGAGUGCUAUCAAUGAUUUGAGCGGUAAAUGGCUUGGGAAUAGGCAAAUAAGAUGCAACUGGGCUACUAAAGGUUCUGCGUCCAAUGAAGACAAGCAAAUUGGCGACAACCAAAAUGCAGUUAUACUUACCAGUGGAUCUUCAGAAGGAGGUCAGGAAAAUGCUAAUGAGGAUGCUCCUGAAAAUAAUCCUGCAUACACCACUGUUUAUGUUGGUAAUCUUUGCCAUGAGGUGACUCAAUCUGAGCUCCAUUGUCAAUUUCACACUCUUGGGGCUGGGAUAAUUGAAGAGGUGCGCGUUCAGAGAGAUAAAGGUUUUGGAUUUGUAAGAUACACUACUCAUGAAGAAGCAGCCUCUGCCAUUCAGAUGGCUAAUGGGAAGAUUGUUCAUGGAAAACCAAUGAAGUGUUCGUGGGGUAGCAAGCCAACACCACCUGGGACAGCUUCAAAUCCAUUGCCACCUCCAAUUCAACCAUAUCAGGUCCUUCCAUCUUCAGGCAUGAACCAUGGCUAUUCUGCAACAGAUUUAUUGGUCUAUCAGCGUCAACUUGCCUUGAGCCAAGCUGCUGCAUCUGGCUUGUCAGGUCAAGCUCUUGUACAGCUGACUGGACAGCAUGGUCUAGCUGCUGCUUCCAUGGGAUUGAACUCUGGUGGUUCCCAGGCUCUCUAUGAUGGAUAUCCUAAUAAUUCUUCAGGUCAGCAGCUCAUGUAUUAUCGAUGAUGCCAUGUCCAUUCUAACUGAUUUUUCCCUGGUACCAUGGUUACUUUUUCUUAUUCUGGGACCUCUUUUUUGUUUUGUUUUUUUCCCUUUUUCUUUUCGUAAUUAUGGAUUCUUCAAGAUGUGAGCUCAUCUCAAUGCAGCGAGUUCUGGAAAUGUUGUAUGAUGUUAUAUGUGAUGAGCAUUUCAUGAUUCAUUUUUUUUCUCUGAAGCUAAAUGAGGCCUUUUUGUUUGAUUGA